AUGAAUGCAGUUGUGAGUAGGACGAAGGUUGUUUUUUUGAGAAGCCGAAGACAAUUCUCAUCCAAAAAGGACUACGAUGUCAUUGUAAUAGGGGGAGGCCCUGGUGGGUACGUGUGCAGCAUCCGUUGUGCUCAGAACAAAUUGAAUGUUUUGAAUGUAAACGAAGAUACAAAGCUUGGAGGGACAUGCUUAAACAGAGGUUGCAUUCCAUCAAAAUCGUUAUUACAUAUUGCACACAAUUAUUAUGAAGCAAAACAUAGGUUUAAACAAAGUGGUAUAGUAAUUGAUAAUGUACAUCUAGAUGUAGAAGCCAUACACAAGCACAAAAAUAAAUGUAUGAAUAAUUUAUCUGAUGGAAUAACGUAUUUAUAUAAGAAAAAUAAAGUAAAUCAUAUGAAUGGACGUGGUAGCAUUGUAAAUAAAAAUACUGUACUUGUGCAAUGUGAAAAAGGGGAUAAGCAGGUAACAGCAGAACGGAUUGUCAUUGCAACAGGAUCGAAACCGAUAGAAAUACCAUUGAAAAAAUUAAGUGAUGAGAAUGCUAACAAUGCAGAAAAUGUUAAAGACAUUUUGGAGUAUGAUCACCAUAUAAUACAAACAUCUGAUGAUAUUUUGAAUUUUCAGGAAAUUCCCAAAACAUUGUCAAUCAUUGGUGGUGGUGUUAUUGGAUUAGAAAUAGGUUCUGUUUUUUCGAAAAUGGGUUCAGACGUAACAAUAUAUGAGUAUAACAGUAGGCUAUGUAAUUUUCUGGACGCAGAUGUAAGUAAAGUGUUGCAAAAAACUUUAGAAAAAAUUAAAAUGAAAUUUGUAUUUAAUACAUCUAUAAUAGGAGGAAACAUACAAAAUAAAGAAGCCAUUUUAUUUUCAAAAAAUUCCAAGACAAAUGAAAUAAAAAAAGUAAAAUCUGACGUUGUACUUGUUUGUGUUGGUAGAAAAGCGAACUUUGAUAAUUUAAAGCUAGAAAAUUUAAACAUAAAAUUAAAUAAAAAUAAAAAAAUACCUGUAGAUGAAUAUUUUAAUGUGGAAUCACAACCAACUGUAAAAGCCAUUGGCGAUGCGAUAGAUGGGCCUAUGCUUGCACACAAAGCAGAAGAAGAAGGUUACAUUGUGGCCAAUAUGUUAUUCAAUGAAUUGAAGUUAAAUAAAAAAAAAAAAACUCAUAUAAAUUAUGAUCUUGUACCAAGUGUAAUUUACACGCAUCCAGAAGUAGCUAGUGUAGGAUUUAAUGAAGAAAAAUGUAAACAGAUGAAAUUAAAUUUUAAAUCGGCUACUUUUCCCUUUGCGGCCAACAGUAGAUCCAGAACCAUAGAUGACUUUGAUGGACUUAUCAAAAUUAUUGUUGAAACAGAUACCAACAAAAUUCUCGGUUCCCAAAUUGUGGGAAAUAAUGCAAGCGAUAUGAUUCUGCCCUUAUCUAUAUACAUUGGCAGUGGUGGAUCAUCCAAAAGUUUAAGCAAAGUUAUAUAUGCCCACCCGACCUUUUCGGAGGUCAUAAAAGAAGUUGCACUGCAGUCCUUCGAUAAGCCCAUACACAUGUGA